AUGCAACAGAACGGCAUGCAGCAAGGUCGCGCCUCGGCAGGCCUCCACCACUUCAUCCAGCACUAUCGCGUCCAGCAGCAACAGGGCAAGAUUCCAAAUGGAUGGCAGCAGGCCACGCCGCCCGAGGAGCGCGGCCAGCUCGCCCUGCAGUUCUUCACCCAGUACCGCCUGCUCAAACCCGAGAUCCCCGAAGUCGAGUCGAUGCGAGCCGCCCUCCAGUUCGAGACGCAAAACUUCAUGUCGGCCCCCUCCAAGGAGCAGUACGUCUCGCAGAUCAAGCAGAAGCUGAUAGUCAUGACGACGGCGCGACAGCAGCAGCUGCAGCGCAUCCAGGGCGGCGUCCCCAACAACAUGAACAACCCCAUCAACGGAAUGAACCCCGCCCAGAUGAACAUGAUGGGCCAAAUGGGCCAGCAGCCCGCCCGCCAGCCCACGCAACAGCAGUUCAACCCGGCCUUUCCCAACGCCCAGCUCCAGCGCCCCAUGCAGGUUUCGCCCGUCCCCAUGACACAAGGCCAGUCGUCCAUGGGCGUCAACGGAGCCAACCCCGCCAACAUGGCCCAAGGGCAAAACAACCAGCAACCAAACAUGCAGCCCACGCCGACCCCACAAAACCGCCAAGAACAGAUGAUCAUCAACCAGUUUGCCAAGAAGCUCAUGGACACGUGCAAAGAGGAGGUUCGCGUCAAGUUCGAGGCGGAUAUCCGCGCCUGGCCCGAGGAUAAGAAGCAGCAGCUGCUGAACCAGGGCAUUAAUCCCCUCUUCCUCCGCUUCCGCCAGCACGCCGAGAUGUUGUAUCGAAGAGGCGCGCUGAAUCAGCCCGCACAGGGCCAAAACGCCGCCGCCAUGCAGGGCGCCCCUCAGCAGAACCGCAUGCAGGGCCAGCAGAUGAACAUGAAUCAGCGUCAAGCCAACCAGGACUUUGACUUCACCGAAAUCGCAAACCGGCAGAUGGAGGCGAUGCGAAGUCAGGACCAAGGUACAACAGUGGUACCCGCCAGCAACAACCCAAACAAUGGCGCUCAGAUGGGCGGAUUCCAGGGCCAAAAUGCACAGCCGGGCCAGCCUCAAAAUGCCAUGGCACAGCGCCAGGCCGAGGCUUUUCAUCGCCAGGCACAAGCACAACAAGCCCAGCAAGCCCAUGCCCAAGCCCAGGCUCAGGCACAGGCACAGGUACAGGCCCGCUUGGAACAGCAGCGCCAGCAACAGGCUGCUCAGGCGCGUAAUCAGCAAAAUCAACUGCUCCAAGGGCAGAUUGGUGGAUUGAACCUUCCCCAGGGCACCCAGCAACCCAGUCCUGCCAUGCCUAUGCUCAACCGUCCCAUGCCUCCGCCAGGGCAGCAGGGCCCUCCAGGCACACCACAGCAACGCCCUCCUCAAGCCCACGUCCCUAUAAUGACGCCACAGCCUGGACAGGCUGACCCAAAUCUAUCCGAGCUCAUGCGCCAGGCGCAACAGAGAGCUGCCGCUGUCCAGCAAGCCAACCAGCAACCGCUGACCGAUCAGGUCCGUAUGAGCAUGAUGCCUCCCGACCUGGAUGCUUCUGUCAAGCAGCAGCUACUCAAGGUGCCCGAGCACCAAUUCCGCGUCAUUCUGCAGAGCUAUAUGAUGAACCUCCGUCGAAACAGCGGCAUGCCCAACGGAGCCUUUCCACCUGGUCAGCCCAACGGAGGCCAACCUAACAUGGCCUUUAAUCAGCAGCAACAACAACAGCUUCAGCCUGGCGUUGCUGGCCAAAUGCUUGGCGGUCCUAAUAUGCAGAACAUGGUUCGGCCUGGUAUGAAUCUCGCCCAACCGCCACCUGGCGCUGGCCCGCAACCUCAAAUGGGUGCCCAGCGUGCAGCAAUACCGAACCAGCAGCAGCGAGUUGCUGCCGCAUCCAACCUGCUCCGUGCUAACCCGGGCAUCAUACAUACCACCGAUCCCAAGCCGUUCCCUCCUAAUGUCUUGAAUGCCCAAAUCCGGCAGAGCCUCCCUCCAGACGUCAGGACUUGGCAACAGCUCAAAGCGUGGGCUAGCCAAAACCCUGCUCUGGUUCCCGGUGUCGACAGCCAAAAGUUGCUCAUGCUGCAGGUCCUCCACUUCCAGGACAUGGUAAGACAAUCAAAUGGCGUCCCUGGUGUACACCCCACACCACAGCCUGGGCAGGGGCUUGUUGCUCCAGGCCAAGUCAACCCCAAUCAGGGUCCUGUCAGGACACCGCAGCAGCAGCAGCAGCCAAACAUGCAGAACAUGGCCGCGCUCCAGGUGACGCCUCAAGAGUUGCAGCAAUUCCGCGCAAGAAUGGCAGGUCAGCCACAAGCCAACAUGCCAGACGACCAACUACGCGGUCUCAUGAUCUCGAUGAGGAUGAAGAACCUGCAACAACAGAGGCAGCAGCAGCAACAAUCGGCAAUGCUCAAUCAGCAGGCCCAACGUAACCAAGGCCAAGCUCCUGUUUCUAUGCCUCAACAACAACAGCAGCAGCAGCAGCAGCAACAACAACAACAACAACCACUGCCACUGCAACAACAACAACAACAACAACAACAGCAGCAGCAACAACAGCAGCAGCAGCAACAGCAGCCUAACCGGCCACCCACGGCACAGCCGGCUGCACAAGCGACGCCUCAACCCAAACCAGCACCAAAACCACAACAAGCACCACCUGCACAGUUGCACGCUGCCAACAAUGUCGCGAAUAAGGGUACGAAGAGGCCAAACGAGGAAAUGGAUUCUGGCCCUGACGCCGCCCCACAAGCCCCUGCUAUGGCCUCUACAAAGUCUCAGCCUGGUCUUAAUCUGACCCAAGAGCAAAUGUCUAAGCUCACUCCCACACAGCAUGCCCAGUACAGAGCACAGUUACUUAAAGCUCAAGAUGCAUCCAACAACAAGAUGCAACAACAGCGCGGCGCUAUGCUCAACUCUGAAGAACUUCGACAGAGAAUGAGUGACCCAGCACGUAUCCGACAAUUCAAGCAAAUGAUGGAUGAGGUAGAGAAGAGCAUCCCCACCAAGCAACCGAUACAACUGGCUCCGCAAGCCCGUGCAGCUCUUCAAAAGUCGCUAAAGGAACAGUUCCAACGCCUCAAGCAGUCGGACCAGGCGCUUCGCAUCUUCCAUGCUUCGUACGAUACUUCAGAACCCGAGCCCGUCAUACGCCAAAUCAUGCGGUCGCGCGCACUCUUGUUUCAACAGAUUAACGAGGCCGACGGCACCCUCCACCCCCAAGUCACACUGACAAUCGACGAGUUCAGGAAUCAUUUGAGUACCAUUGUCAAGUUUGUUAUCAAGAUUCAGGAGAAGGUGAAGCAACAAACGCAGGGUCAGGGCUCAGGUGCCCAGCAGUCCCAACCUCAGGGUUCGAAUGCCUCGCCCGCUCAACUUAAUGCCGCAAAUCUGAAAAUCGUAGAACAACAAAACCGCAACCAAAAGGCUCCGUCAGCCCCUACGACCGACCGACCACCAUUUGCCAUUGGCGCCGACCCUGGCCACGGAGCCGCGCAUUACUUUGAGGGGGCAAGACCAGUCACGAAUCUUGUAUUACCCGAGAAGAAGCGGGCCAAGCUCGAGGCGGGCAGCCAAACGUCGACUCCCGCUGCCAAAGCCUCUCCUCACCUGGGCUCGGGCGCAGGCAACUCGCCCGAACUGCGGAGACAGCCAGCGCCCGAUAAGCAGGUGCCGCAGCGGCCAACGUUCCGAUGCACCGACGCAACAUGUGAAUACUCUGUACGAGGCUUUGACACCCAGGCCGAGCUCGAUUCGCACAGUCAGAUCCACGCAAAGGUCGAGGACCCGAUGCAAUUUGCCCUUGAUUCCAUGGCCGAAUAUCUCGACGUUGACCAGAAGACGGGUGAGGCCAAGGUCGAUCCCAAUGCUUCGAAGCCUACCCCCAAGCCAGCACCUGCCGUGCUGCGAGCGCUGACACAGAACGUCAAGACUGAGCAAACACCUGGUGCAACGCAAAAUGCUGUUACGCCUGUCGCGCAAGCACCAACAGCUCCGGCCAUGGCGCGCGUGCCGACACAGACGGGUGUUAAGGACUCACCGUCGUCCAACUUGCUCAAGACACCGCAAACCAUGACCAAGGUGACUACUCCAGGCUCAGGUGCGCGGGGCAAGGCCACGCCAGCCAGUAUUCCCAAGUCAGCACCAAAAGAGCAGCAAGCGGCAGCACCGGAACCCGCUGUAAAGGAAGAGGAGCAACAGCAGCAGCCCAUGUUACCCAUGUCGCUUUUCGACUACUCGUACGAGGACACUUUUGCGGCUCUGGAUGCAAACGGGCCUUUUACGGUGCUCGAUCUCAAGGACGAAGACAAUGCGUGGGCGCUUCGGUCUCGGCCGGCGUCACCGUCGACGACGCCCGAGUCAUCUUCCAAGGACACGCCUUCGACGCGGCAAUCUGACAUUUCGGAAAACGACAAUCUUGUCAUCAACAUUGAUCUCAAGGAUGCCGACAUGCCCGACGCUUGGGCCGUGGGCAUGUACGGGGAUACGCUUCCCGUGGACCUGCAGCUGUCGGAGGAUCUCCAAAACCUGGGGGUUGUGCUUCCCCCGAUGGACAGCGAAGACAUGAUGCUGUUUUCCGACUAUGGUGCAGGGACCAUGAUGGAUCUCGACAUGCUGGAGAAGACGAUGGACAGCAUGGGGGGAACACUGGACCCGUCUAUUCUGGGGCCAUGAUUUGACCACCUUGGUGGAGGGAGAGAUACACACACACACACAGAGAGAGAGAGAGAGAGACAGAGAGACAGAGCGCGCGUGUGUGUGUAUUGGUUGACGCACAUGUGUGUCAUAAACGGUUUGAUCAUUUGACGAGCCCUUGGGCCAUUUUUUCCAACUAUUUGCAUUGUAUUAUCAUUUUUCCUGCCGUGUAUGCUUUUGCUGAUUGGCUUUGUUUAGCUUCACGGAGUUUUUUUUUGUGGGUGUGCUCGGGGUGUUGUUUAUUUUUUGUUGUUGUUGCUUAUCACGGCCGAUUGUUGUGAGCGAUUAUUUGACCGAAGCGGUUGCCGGGCGUGGUACAUGGGAUCAAGCCGAUGUAUCACUUUGGGUGUUUGUCAAAGGGAAUUUUGUCCAUGCAGGGGGAGGUUUUUUUUCUUUCUUGGAGGGGUUAUUGUUUUUGGUUUAUCUUCCCAGUCUAUUGUUAUGCCGCAAAGGCCC